AUGUCUCAUCAACUUAAGCAAACAUUUGCCAAUGCGAAAAAUGAGGGGCGUAAUGCCUUGGUAACAUUCAUGACUGCUGGUUAUCCUAGAGUCGCAGAGACCAUUCCAAUAAUGAAGGGUUUCCAAGAAGGUGGUGUUGAUGUCAUUGAAUUGGGUAUGCCAUUCUCUGAUCCUAUUGCAGAUGGUCCAACAAUUCAAGUUGCCAACACCAAGGCUUUGGAGAACGGUGUCACUUUGGUACAAACUUUGGACUUGUUAAAGAAAGCUAGAGAUGAAGGUGUUACUGUCCCUGUUAUCCUUAUGGGUUACUACAAUCCUAUUCUAAACUAUGGUGAGGAAAAAUUCAUUCAAGAUGCAGCGGAUGCAGGUGCAAACGGUUUCAUUAUUGUUGAUUUGCCACCUGAAGAAGCCAUUAAAGUCAGAAACAUGAUGAAGAAGCACGGAUUAAGUUUGGUUCCUCUAGUGGCUCCUUCUACCACAGAUUCUCGUCUUGAGCUUUUGGCUAAAAUCGCCGAUUCGUUCGUCUAUGUCGUGUCAAGAAUGGGUACUACUGGUGUCCAAUCAUCGGUUGCCAGUGACCUAGAUACUCUGGUCAGCAGAGUUAGGAAAUACACCAAGGAAACCCCUAUUGCAGUAGGUUUUGGUGUCUCUACUAGAGAACAUUUCGAAUCUGUUGGAAGUCUAUCCGACGGUGUUGUCAUUGGUUCCAAAAUCGUUACUUUAUGUGGGGAAGCCCCAGAAGGUAAGUGUGGUGAGGUCGCAAAGAAGUACGUCGAAGAGAUACUAAAUGGUAAGAAACACAAGAUUCUAUCUGGUGAAGAGUACCAACUAAUGAAAACGGCCACCAAUGAACUAGAAUCCGAUUCGGACCACCACGAAUUUGAAGAAGACCACAAACACCCAAUAAGAUUUGGUGACUUCGGUGGCCAAUACGUUCCAGAAGCUUUACAUACAUGUUUGAAGGAACUAGAAGAAGGUUUUGAAGAUGCAAUUGCUGAUCCUACUUUCUGGGAGGAAUUCAAAUCCUUGUACUCUUACAUUGGUCGUCCAUCUUCUUUGCAUAAGGCUGAAAGAUUGACUGAACACUGUGGUGGUGCCCAAAUCUGGUUGAAGAGAGAAGACUUGAAUCACACUGGUUCACAUAAGAUUAACAACGCUCUUGCCCAAGUUUUAAUUGCAAGAAGAUUGGGUAAGACAGAAAUCAUCGCCGAAACUGGUGCUGGUCAACACGGUGUCGCUACUGCAACAGCAUGUGCCAAGUUUGGUUUAAAAUGUACUGUUUUUAUGGGAGCUGAAGAUGUUCGUCGUCAAGCUCUGAAUGUUUUCAGAAUGAGAAUUCUAGGAGCUAAGGUUGUUUCCGUUACUAAUGGUACAAAGACUUUAAGAGAUGCUACUUCUGAAGCUUUCAGAUUCUGGGUCACAAAUUUGAAGAGUACCCACUACGUUGUGGGUUCUGCUAUUGGUCCACAUCCUUACCCAACACUGGUACGUACUUUCCAAAGUGUGAUAGGUAAUGAAACCAAAGAACAAUUUGCUGCUCUAAAUAAUGGUAAGCUUCCAGAUGUAGUGGUGGCAUGUGUUGGUGGUGGUUCAAACUCAACUGGUAUGUUUUCUCCAUUCGAACAUGACACGAGCGUCAAACUUCUGGGUGUUGAAGCAGGUGGUGAUGGUAUCGAUACUGACUAUCAUAGUGCUACUUUAACCGCAGGUAGACCAGGUGUCUUCCACGGUGUCAAGACAUACGUUCUGCAGGAUCAAGAUGGUCAAGUCCAUGAUACACAUUCCGUUUCAGCAGGGUUGGACUAUCCUGGUGUUGGUCCUGAACUGGCAUUCUGGAAGGCAACGGGACGUGCCGAAUUCAUUGCUGCUACUGAUGCUCAAGCUCUAGAAGGUUUCAAGUUGAUCUCCCAACUUGAAGGUAUUAUUCCAGCUUUAGAAUCAUCACACGCUGUUUACGGUGCAUGUGAAAGAGCGAAGACCAUGAAACCAGAUGAACACUUGAUCAUCAACAUUUCUGGUAGAGGUGACAAGGACGUCCAAAGUGUCGCUGAAGUUCUUCCAAAACUCGGUCCUCAAAUCGGCUGGGACCUGAGAUUCGAAGAAGACCCUUCUGUAGGAAAUUAG